CUCAACUCUCCUGCCCAUUCACCUGCUGUACACUAGGACCACAGCUGCAACCUGACAGGUCAUAUUUCACUCUUAAGUGAAAAUGGAUGAAUUUCAAUACAGUGUAGAGAUCUCUGACGGAGACUGGGAAUGCUUCUUCGCAGAGUGUGAGGCGUGCGACAUGCUUCCUCCUCCAUUAGCAUGUGUGGAUGACUCGGGGAUGAGUGACAUUGAUGAUACAAGAGCCAUCCUUGCUCAGAGGGCUCAGAAGGUUGACCAAACAGUGACCUCUCUGAAGAACAACAGCCCCACAAACUGUGAGGGCUCUCCUGUAGAGCAUUACAUCAGUAAGCAUGGUGUUGGGGGAUUAGAGAGCAUCCUCUCAGGCAGUGAAGAGGAUAUACACCUACAAUCUGUCAAUAUAUUUUUUGAAAGCCUGAAAAACAUUACAGAGCCUGAGAGGCUUGCUCGACCGUGCCAAGUUACAACUGGGAAAAAUAGAGAGGCAGUAGUGGAGACGGAACAGUGUAGGGAUGGGCAGCAAUCCAAUAGCCGCUCAUUGCCAAUAAACAUCCCCAAGUUCAACUCUCUGCCUGCCGGGGGUGAAGCAGCAUUUGGCAAAGAGACCAUGCGACCUGUCGACACCAGUAGCAACAGAAACACAAUGAAAAAAGUUGAGCGUAACUCCAGCUUUUCCCCGGAACCUGUAGCCCAUUACUCAGUGCUUAACAGCAGCACGGAUGAAUCGGUUUACCCUGAAAUAGAGUUAGUCAUCAGAGAGGACUCCUCCAAUGAAAUCGGUGUAAAUGAUGUAACGCAGACUCCGCUUCAUAACCUAACAUACAAGGAUGUCCACUCAGAAACAACACCUCCCACAGACAAAGUGAUGAAGGUACAGAUGUACACACCUCUGAAGGAUGCUGAGCAGAAACAUGUGGAAACACACAGUCAGCUAACUUUCAGAAAUAAGUGCAACACAAAUUCACCUAGCAAGAUAGAAAUGUUUCCAAAUCUUAAAUGGAAGGAAGAGCAACCCCCCCUUUUUCAGUUUGAUGCACUGAGUGUAAACAAAUCAGCAAGCCAAGAAUUGUCUCCAUCUGCCUCCAUCAAAAGGAAGAGAAGGAAGAAGAGACGACUGAGCUCUGAACCGCCUGAGACCACACCUGGAUGUGAGAGGCGGGUUUUCGUUCGACCGAGUGACUCUGAGGAGGAGUAUACAGGGAGAGGAGGAACGAGUCCAUGUUUAUCUGACAAAAUUAAUCUUUUUCAUUCCCAUGAACCACAUGUGUCCUCUUCCUAUUCAGUCUCAAGCAAUCUUCUUUUGAGGAAUUCUGCUGGGAUGAAAACAAAGGAUUUCUGCCUUACUGUUCCAUCAUGGGACAACCAAUACACGCAUGUACCAGAGAACACACUUAGACAAGAAAGAUGUAAAGCAGCGAGCGUGGCUGGAAACAAUGCACCAUAUACCUCACUGAAUUCAAGUCCUGACAAUGUCAUGUCAGCAGCAAAUCACAGUGGUAAUGUGGUAACAACUUUACAACCAUGCAUCACAUCACAGGAAGAGGAAUUAACCACACUGAUGCCAGUUUCAGUCAUUGACUGUGUAACUGGUGUAUCAGCUGACAGUGAAAUAAAGGACAGCUGUGCAGACAGUCUCAAGAACUCGAAUAAAGUAACACAAACAAUCAUUGGUUCUGAAAAUGACCCUAAUCUAAUAUGUUCAGCAGAGGUCAAAUCAAUAAACGACUGUAUUCAUCCAUGCGCAGAGUCACAUGAUCCUGCUGUGGGGGCCAGCCAAAAUGACAUACUAUCUGAUGCUAAGUCAGUCCUGGCUGCAGAGCCUGGAAACUCUGUUGGAGACAACCACUCACGGUGUCAGAGUGAGACUGAGCCUCAACAACAGCUGGAAAUCAACUGUUGUGAUGCAGACACGUUUAGCUCUACUCUGGACAAGACUCCUGCCCUCGACACCAACCCACAGUCAUUCGAUGUCAGAACUGAAUUUGCUGAUUCAGCAGUGUCACCAUCAGUGGCUUCUAAGAAUAUCUGCGCAUCCAUGCAAACGAGAAGCAGUCAGAGAGAGAUUAAAAUGUCCUCAUCUGAAAAUUUAAGUCCUCCAGAUAUUACACAAGAAUCAUCCUGCUGUACUGUGCACACAAAAUCGUCAAAGUCACUCUCAAAUGAAAAUAUUACAGACUUGCCUGGUACUUUUUGCUCAUCUCUCAGUCAAAAUGAGACUGGAAGUCAAGCAGAAAAACCCUCACAAAUCCUGGAAGUAGAUGCUAAACCUGAACCUGAAAGUCAGUCUGUAUCAGAAGACUCAACAGAAGCGCCACCUGAAUUACCAUGUGAAGCAGAAGAUGUUGUCACAGCAUCCAAAGCUGAAUCUGAACCAAAAAACGCACCAGAUUCAAAACAUUCAGCGUUUGCCAUGUCAUCCUUCUGGAAUGAAAUGGAGAGGCUGACAAUCAAUGACAUUCUGGGUUUGCGAAUGAUCAGCGAAGCUGCUCCCGCCUUCUACCGUGAACCUUUACAGGAAAAUCAGGAGGCAGACAUGUUUGUGACAAAUGAAUCAGGCUCUUUGGCACAACUGGAACCUGAAUUUAAAUCCAAACCAAUGCAAACAAAUGAGCAUGUGUCUUCUGAUUCUGUACAAACCAAUGUGUCUCCUGAUUAUGUAGAAACAGUUUUGAGUAUUGUUGAUUCUUCUUCUUCAAAAAGUGUAAAGUGGAAGAAUCAACACAUCCCAGUGAGUGCAAGUACUGACCUUUACCCUCAGAGUGUGAUGUCACAUUUGAGUGACAUUUCUGAGCAAGUCCUCCCUGAAAUUGCUCAGAAAUACCAUAGAAGGCUCUCCAAAAACACAAGUGUACACAAUCUUUAUGCCUUUGCCAAAGGAGAAUCAGAAAAGUCCAAGGAACAAAUCCCUAAGAAAGUUAUAGACAUGGAUUCUUCCCCUUCCUCUAUGGCCAACGGCUACAACAUCUCAGUUUCAAAUAUUCUUCACUACUUCUUUGGUGGAAAUCAGUCAAAUCCCAGCCAGUCUGCUGCAGACGACACAUCCACCUUAUACACAGAAGGAAAUUCUGUGUCCGAAACAUAUGAUCACUUCUUCUCUGAGUUUGACACAGAAAGCUUCUUCUGCCCUCUCAUCACAGCAGAAGAUCAGGCUAAUGAUAAGCGGGUUCCUAUCUUCUCCUAUUCUCGUUCAACUAAUAGAAAUCUGCAGUUCCCUGAGGCGUAUGACUACUUCUUUGCGUCCUCUUCUUCUGAUGACUCCUCUGGAUCUGGUGAAGAAGAUGACGGCAGUCCUCCUGUGAGGGUAGUGAGCAGGUUCAGCCGUGAGGCAAGCUCAUCUCAGAUUUUUACAGACAUGUAUGACAAUUUCUACACAGAUGGUGACCUCAGGCAGAAUUUCUUCUGGAACACAACACUCUCUUUCAGGAAUAUUAAAUUUUCUGGAUUCACAUUCCAGAAAGAGACUCCCUCAAACCCUCUAUCUUGUGUACCUGUGAGAAAGCGAAGUUGCAGAGCCCUUGGAGGAACAGUUUAUCCCAGUUAUGCUAUGGGAAAUGAAAACAUGAUUGUUGAUCCUCUUCUCUACCACCUGGAGGACAGGAUCUCCAGACAACAAGUGCAGGAGCCUUUCAUAUAUGAGACAGCUCUUGUAAAUCCAAGGCUGGAUACCACUCUGCUGCCACUCAAACAGUCAGAUAUGUGCCUGGUUUGUAUAGCGUUUGCCUCAUGGGUACUGAAGACUGCAAACCCACAAGUUGGAGAUGCUUGGAAGGCUGUCUUGCUGGCAAAUGUGAGCGCCCUGUCAGCUAUUGGAUACCUGCGAAAGUACGUCAAAAUACAGGCGGCAGCAAGUGAGAAGAAAUUGCAUCACAUCAACCCAUCCGAGUCCUGAUUCCUCUUUUUUUAUCUCACGAACACUCGAUAUGAUUCGUUGGACGACCUGAGUCUGACUCAGAAUAUGAUGACAGAAUGAUGUGCUGUUUGCACAACAAAUUUGCACAUGUAAUGACGUAAUAAGUGUCAGUUUCAUAGAUUAUUUUUGAUAAAAAAGAGAAAUUGAAAAUGGCUCAUUAAAAUUCAUUCAUUUUGUUUCUGCAAAGGCAAGAUGAGGCGUGUCUAUUCAUCAGACCAAGAGCUUUGGAUGGCUCUCAGUCUGAGGUUUCAGUAAGGUUUCAGUAAGUAAGAUUAGCGGCUGAGCUCUGGUGUUGUGAUGUUCGAUGGACUUGCGAUAAAUGGAUUAACUUGAGCCUUUAAAAUGAUUUAGAAUGAAGCGGUCGGAACACGUCUGUUUCCAUUACAUUGUUUUAGUGUAGCAGAACAUUUUAAGCACAGUGAUUGUGUUUAAUGUUUCCAGUAACAUUUACUGAAAGAAAAGUAUAUAUAUAUAUAUAUAUAUUAUCUUCAUUUUAUUUGUGCGAGAAACUGAUGCCAGUAUUGAUUAUAUAUUUAAUGAAGGGCAUUUUAUUUUCAUGAUAGAUAAUUUAUAGAUGACUGUACAGUACUUUCCAUGUAUCAAUGUGAGAUGUUGGUGGGGUUUUUUUUUGGAUUAACUACAGAAAACCUGUGGGUUAGUGUUUGUUGGCGUUUCUCUGACGUUACACUUUUUAAUCACUAGAGGGCAACAUAAGCUAACAUGAUUGCCUGAGCUGGAACAGAUUCAUUUGAACUGCAGUUUGUAGAUAAUUUACACUUAACUGUUUCUCUCUGAGAAUUAUAAUAAAGUUAAUAUAGAAUAUAAUAAAGCUAAUAAUUAUUAAUAAAUGGUAAUUUAACAUUUUUAAGAGGAGAUCCUUAUUCAGGGUUCAUGUAUAUUUCCUCCAGCAGGUGGCAGUGGUGAGCUGAUUCCAAUUAUUAAAAAUCUUGCAUUCACAUAUGGGGACACUCAUUCUGGCAUUUAAAUCCCCCUUACACUGCUUGUGAUUUUUAUAUAUAUAGUUUACUGCAUCUAAUUUACAGCAUUUACAAAAGUUGCCAAUGUGUCGUUCAAAUAAGACUUGCAACAAAUGUGGUUGAUU